AUGCACUGCAGGGGGCGCUGCGGGCACACUGAGACCUCUGAGAGGACCGCAGCUCCCGGACCUAGCCCGCGACGCCCCCAGAAGCCUCUCUCGCAUCCAACACAGAGCGCGACGGCACGGGAGGAACAGCCCCUUCUAGCACAGGGGAGGGACCCGGCCGACUUCCGCGCGAUGAGCCCUAGGCGGCCGCCCAAAGGUGCAGUGGGCGCGGAGCUGGCAAUCAGCGAUGACGCGCGGCUGUGGCCCUGCGGGAGCUGCUCCAUGCGGUCCAGAGCUAGUCGGCUGACAUGCGCGCUCGCGGCAAGCGGAGCCGGGUAUCCAGACCCCAUACGCACGGCCGAGGACCAGCAGAACACGCCGCCCUGGCGCGCGAGGGCGGAGGCGGCUGGCGGGUCCGCUGGAGGCCUGCAAUCCCCGCGCAUCCCGGGGGAGACAGCCCGCCAGUGUCCGUGUGGCCCCGCGCUCCUGGGGUGGGGCUCGCCUCUUCACCCGGCCCGCCCCGUCACCCUGCCCCGUCUCUCUCCAGGUCUCGGCUCGCCGCCGCCUCCGGGAAACCUUCUCGGCCUUCCCCCGAGCUCGCUUGAGCGCGCUCCUAGUCUGGCUCUGGGCUUCGCCACUGGUCGCGCGGGGCUUGAGUCGGCCUCGCCAUCUCCCGCUCUUCCCACACCCGCACCUUCCAGGCGGGGAGGAAGGGCUGCAGCCCCACAGCCUCCCGAACGCCCGCCCGGCCCAGGGUGGAUCAAGGCUAGGACGCCCCACAGUUCCUUCCAUAUCCGGGUCCCAGAGGCGGGCUACGGUCUGUGGUUUGGGGACAGAAGAGGUCGCGGUUGGAGCUGGUGGACUCCCCUAGGGGAGAGCAGGGAACUGGAGACGCAGCUCGACCGAGCUCUCCUUCGCCCACCCACUUCUCGGGUUGGGAGACUGAGGCCGUGGGCAUGACUGGGGCCCCGGGCAUGACUGGGGCCUCGCAGUGCCGGCGCCUCUGGAGGCAGAGAGAGCGCCUGGAAGGCGGCUCCCACGCCGCGAUGCGUCACUCGCCCACCUACUUACCAAGCAGGUGACACUGGCAAACCCUGGCCCCGCGCCGCCCGCCCCAGGGUGCAGGGGAGAAUAAAAAGGGCAGAAGACAGGAGUGGGGCCUAAGGGCGUGCGCGUCCCCCGACCCCCAGCCUCCUCUCCAGGUGAGCGGCGCGCCCCACCCUGGCCUCCGAGGCCACCUCUGGGUAAAGGGGGCGAAGCCGAGGCGGGCGCCCGUGCUGGCUGGGGAUCCGCGACCGGAUUUCCUCCGCGAUCCAGCAAGUGUCGAGACGCGCCCAGGGACAGGGGCUGGACUUGGAGUCCGCUAGGGGCAAUCUCCCGCCCUUCCCACUGCUCCGUGCCAGACCCGAGCUUGCCUGGAGGCAGAAGGGCCAGCCUCGGAGGAGAUUACAGCGUCCGGGCGGUCCGACUGGAGCGGAGAGCACCCCCGCGGCCCUGAGCUGCUACACGCCCUAGAAAGUCCGUGGGCCUGACCUCGCCCGGGGCCCUCCGCACCCCGCCCGGACGUCCACCUCACGCCUAUCCUUUCCCUCUUUCUUCCUCAAUUCUCUUCUGUCCCUUUCCUCGAAGAACACCUCUCCCUCCCAGGACUGGGGCCGCGCUCCAGGGCUCUCCCUCCCCCGCCGCCCGCGCAGCCCAGCAGGUGCCCCGACCCAGCACCGGGGCCUCAGAGGAGCUGAGGAGAGGCCUGGGAUGUGACAGACUAGGUCCCUGCCCUCUGGGGCUUCCAUUCUGUGGGGGAGCAGCAGAAACUGGCACGUAUACCUUUGCCAGCCGCGAGGAAUGCCGUGAGAACAAGGGAAGGGGUGGGAGGGCGUCGCCUAAAGAGACGAAGGCAGACCUCCCGCAUUCAUCCGCCUCUGCCUUCGGAGCACUGUGCUCGGUGUCAUUCCUUUUCACCUUACAAAGUAACACAUUCACAGUUACAGAGAUUAGUAUGUGGACAUCUACGGAGAACCAUUGUUCAGCCUACCACAAAGACCGAC